AUGAUUGUAAUCCGACGCGAUGUUGCGUCCCAAAUCCAAGUCACUCCUCCGUUAUGUGACGAUCGAUUAGGUGUUUCAGCAGAAACGGUGUUUCUAGGAGAAGAUUCAAGUCAGUUGAUAUUUGUCUCCUGGAAACUCUCCCAUGAGGGCAAUAUGAUCGACUGGAUAGGCCUAUUCAAUUACGACGAUGACGAUCCCCUUCACUACUUGGACCAUAAAGGGCGUGGCGUUGUUGGUCCACAGGAAGGUACGGUAGCUUGGAAUGUGAUGCGUGCGAAUCUGCCACCAUCAGUGCGUAGUAUCCAAUUUCGGUAUGUCGAUGGUCUGACAGGAGUUGUGCUUGCCAAAUCACCUCCAAUCAGAAUUACAGAUCAGGCACGCUUGCUUGUCAAAGAGGUGAACUAUCAUUUCUUCGAGAAAGCUGAUCACUGCAGGCAACUGCGACUGGCAAGUCUUGGAAGAUCGACGGCGAUAAAUCUACCUGCCGAGGAGCAAACGGCUUUGGUGGACUCGUAUUUUCCGUACUCGGCCUCCUCAACGUUGGACAUUUCAGUUGGAAGUGUCAAUUGUGAGAUUCCUCUAGUCGAAAUUGAACAUCUGUCGGGUGAUCUCAACAUUGCUGUGCAGUCGGAUCAACGGCACGCGUUUACAGCCGUCAUUUCAGUGUGUAUCGAGCCAAUGGAUUCAGAAGCAUCGGGUUGCCUGCGAACGCGCAGUAAACGAAGGGAGGAUCUCGGCAUUCGAGUAUCUGGAGUCUCAACAUCCUCUUCGGGAAGCUCAAUGAGUCAGGCUAGUUCCUCUUCUGGAUCCUCAACAAAUCUGCAUUCUCCUCCGCCGUUGCCAUCUGGUUGGGAAGCAUGCACUGAUCGUAAAGGUAGAACGUUCUAUAUAGAUCAUGUGUCUAAGAAAACCACUUGGCAACGACCUACAGCGUCUGAUGAACACAUUGAAAAAGAGAAAACGAAAAGGUAUACAAUGAACCGAAGAACUGUAGGAAUCUCACCACCUAGUACGCCCACCUAUGGCCCAGCCAUUUUUCUGCAAAGACCAGAUUUCGUCAGUUUACUGCAUGAAAAUGAGAACGCACUCGCCGCAUAUAAUGCGUCACCUAUAGUAAAGCACAUAGUGCAUCGAAUACGCAAAUGCGGUGAACCGACGGAAAAAUAUGAAAAUAACAAGGAUUUUGUGGCUUUUGUUAAUUUGUUUGCUGACGAAACACAGCCAUUGCCUCUGAAUUGGCAAGCUACAGGAAAGAAUCCGACUAUAUUUAUUGAUCAUUCUACAAGACGCACUACCCUUAUCGACCCCCGGCUGCCUAUGCCAACACUUGAUCGAAAGCGGGGACGUAGUGCUCCACCAGUGCGACGACAGAACCUAGACAAAAAUGGAAAUCUUCUGGAUCUCGCAAGCAGAACUGCAGAAAUAGCAUUGCUCGUGGAAGAGCGAUUGCCUGAAUUGGCUCCAAAAAUUAGGAAAAAAUUGCGGCUGAUUGAGAGAUUGGGCGCAGUAGCCUUGGCGCGACUCGCGAAUGAUGUUGAUCUGAUCACGGCUAUUAGUAUUCUCGACUCUGAUGAUCAAGUUGGCUCAAGCGAGUUAGAAGAAAAACUCAACCAUUUUUAUGCAUCACUUCACCGAAGCGGUUACGGUAAAGGACCGCAAAAAAUAAAAUUUCGAUUCAGUCGUGCUAACCUUCUUCAGGAUGCUUUUGAGCAAAUCCUAGCUGCAGAUCCAUUGUCUCUGAGAAAAGCACGGCUUUCCAUCGCCUUUGAUGACGAGGAGGGGCUAGAUUAUGGCGGCCCUUCCCGCGAACUAUUCUAUCUGCUGUCGCGAGAACUAUUCAACCCCUACUAUGGUCUUUUUGAAUACUCUGCUCCAAAUCAGUACACCGUACAAAUCAGUCCUCAUUCGCAUCUCGUACAACAGGAAAUGCAAUGGAUGGAGCUGGCUGGACGAGUGCUUGGAUUAGCGUUAUUGCAUCGGUGCCUCAUUGAUACGUUUUUCACUAGAACAUUCUACAAGAUGCUUUUGGAACAGCCCGUCACUUUGCACGAUCUCCAGGAUGUGGAUUCAGAGUUCUAUCGUAGCAUGUUGUGGAUCCGAGAAAACCCAGUAGAUCCAUCAUUAGGCAUGACAUUUGUAGUUACAGAGGAAGAAAAUGGACAGGUGGUUGAGAAAGAGCUAUUGCCAAAUGGUGGUACGCUUGAAGUUGCUGAUAAUAACAAGGAAGAGUUUAUCUCGUUAAUGGUGAAAUGGCGGAUUGAGCGUGGAAUUCAACGACAGUCGCAGGCACUGCUAAGAGGGUUGCAUCAAAUUAUCGAUCGCGAUUUCCUCCGGGUGUUUACUGUGGAACAAGUGGAAUUAGUGCUUUCUGGAUCACGAGAAAUUGACUUGGAGGAUUGGCGAAAGAAUACAGAAUACAGGGGUGGUUACUUUGACGAACAUGUGGUUAUAGAAUGGUUCUGGGACCGAGUAGCUCAAAUGUCAAAUGCUGAUCGUCUAAAACUGUUACAAUUUGUCACCGGUACUUCGAGCAUUCCGUUUGAAGGUUUUGCAAUGUUACGUGGAAGUAAUGGACCAAAACGUUUUACAAUAGAAAAAUGGGGUGAAGAGUCAGCUCUUCCAAGAGCGCAUACGUGUUUCAAUCGCCUUGAUUUGCCUUCUUACCCGACACGGCAUAUAUUGAAGGCCAAACUACAAACUGCCAUUACGGAAGGCAUCAGUUAUGCUAUUGAAUGA